CUUCCUCUAUGGCCAGAAAAAAAGUUCAAGACAAAUAACUCCCAGGAAGUGAAAUUCUGACAUAGACAAAGAUGCAAUUUCCGACUCCCCCGCCGAGCCUGGCAAAACAAUGGCAGGACAGGGCACAGAGUGAGCCUGUGGGAUGGGAAUGGGGAGCUCCUGGUGAUCUGGGCACUUUCUCCUUCAUGUCACUGACCUGCCAGGAGCCGCUUUAGGACAUGGAUCCCAAAGCAGCAAGAGGUACCAGGAAGCGCCGCUGAUCUGCACAGACCCCUUUGCCUGCUGCUGCCCCACAGGGAACAGGGAGCUGCUGAGGAGCCACAUGGUCCAUUCCUGGAUUCUCCACCCACUGUCUGCCUUUCCACUCUGACCACAGCCAGGAGCCACAUCCCACUGCCUGCCCAGCAUCCAUCCAUGGAGGUGACCACCGUGUUCCCAUCUCCCACCUCACUCACUGAAGGAGAUGAUCUGUGUGAGACAGAUGUCACCACCGUGGCCAUACACAGUGUGACUCUGCUCAUUGGCCUCUGUGGGCUGGCUGGGAACGGGGCUGUCAUCGGCCUCCUCAGCCUGAAAAUCCGUAACGCUGGCAUCUUUGACCUGGCUGUCAUUGACUUCCUCUUCCUCCUCUUUGUGGUCCCCUCGGCCCUGCUCUUCCUGGUGGAGGACGUGUCCUGCUCUCCUAUCCUGCCCCUGCUCUACCUGCGUUUCCUUUUCCAGCUGUCAGUGGUCUCCUACUACUAUGCGCUGUUCCGGCUGCCGGACAGCAGCCCUGUGCUGUACAUGUACAGGCUCUGGAAGCUCUGCUGCCAACGUGACCUUCCCAAGCGCCUGUGGUUGGUGGUGGGCAGUGUCCAAUACUGGGCCUUCUUUGCUCUCUUCACUGUCAUGCCAGCAGUGAUAUUCCUGUGCCCUUCACACGAGCAGGAGCACUGCAGGGCAGCUCUCAUCUCCAUGAACACCAUCGUCCUGCUCCUCUUUGCUGCACCCGUGCUCAUUUCCAGCACAAUCUAUUUCAUUAAGGCCAAGUGGGGCUCCCAGCAGCAGCAACCCAAGAGGCGCGACAUUGUUAUCUUCAUCAUUGUGCUCCUCACUCUCCUCCUCAGCCUCUGGAAUUUCCUGCAGGAUCUCGGUUACAUCGUUGUGCCCUCCCAGGUUGUUUUCCUGCUCACCUGCCUCCACAGCAGCAUCAAACCCUUCAUCUACUUCUUGGCAGGGAGGUGCUGGAGGCCCUGCUCCAUGGGGUCCCUCCGACUCUCUCUCCAGAGGGUUUUUGAGGAGCAGAAAAAGAAAAGUGCACGCAGAAAAAAGGCCACCAGGGACACGGGGGUCUGAGACUGUUGAUUCCUCCCACUGCACUGCUGAGGGACCCUAGGACCAUGGCUGAAGAUUUCCUUGAGUAACCUGAUGAAUAAAUAUCCACAGGAUCGCU